AUGACGUCUUUUGUCUCUUCAUCACGCCUCUUUCCACUCCUUCAGUCCUCUCACUGGGCGGUACUUCGAACAUGGGCGGAGCCAGUCAAAGUGUUCAAAACGGCGAAACCAUCAUCGUUUGCUGCAUCAAAUAUCACUUUUCAUCGUUCUGCUCACCAAAUGCCUCGUGUUUUGAUAACUGGCGGUACCGAUGGAAUUGGACGAGAAGCCGCAUUGAAGCUCGCCGCCGACCAGCACGAAAUCACUAUUUCCGGACGAGACCCGAACAAAGCGAAAGAUGUCAUCGAGCAAUGUCAAAAGAAAUUUAAUAAUACACCUCGAUUCUUGCAAGCCGACUUAUCACUGGAGAAUGAAGUGACCAAAUUCGCGAAUCAAGUUGCAAAAGAGAAAUAUGACAUCUGUAUUCUCAACGCUGGCGUCAUGAAUCCGAAACCGGGGCGUACUUGUGAGGAUCGUGAAGCCACAAUGAUGACUAAUUUGAUUUCGUCGUACAUGAUUGCACACAAGAUUCUCGAUAGUCGGAAGGAUGACAAGCCACUUCACUUCGUUUUCAGCACAUCGAUUCUUGUAAAAUUCCACAACGCCACUCCGCUUGGUCUUCGUUUCUUCAACCCACAAAAAUUAUCGGAUUGGCAAAAGUCUCUGGUUCCAUCAGACGUCUCCGGUGCUGGAAAGUAUGCCAUCUCGAAGAUCGGACUCGCCACUCUUUCUUCUACAAUUUCACUUUCAAAUCUUCCGAAUGUGACGGCGACAAGUGUUCAUCCAGGAACAGUCUACACAAAUAUCAUGUCGAAUUUGCCGGCUCGUCAACAAUUUUACAUUAAACUCGCUCGUCCAUUCACCACAUCACUCAGUGAUGCUGGUGCCAAUUUGGUUCGUGCUGCGAAGAAUCCAUUGCCAGCUGGAAUGUUUUAUCAGGCGAACAAAGCGACAAAGCUGCCAGAAUUUGUAUAUUCGGAAUCAAGUAUUGCAGCAUUCGAGGAGGUUUUCGAUCAAUUCAAAAUUCGCGAUUGA